CUCUUGCCAGCCUGCCAGCCCCGUGAACUUUCCCCUACAUCCAGCCGGGUUCCCGCCCAGGCCCGGCCCCUUCGCUCGCUGGCACUGCAGGCAAUAAAAGGCCGGCCCAGGCUGGGAGGGGCUCCAGAGAGGGAGCCGAGGCUGGCAACGCAGAGCCCCGGAGGCAGAGGGGGCAGCCGCCCGGGGCAGGCAUGAGUUCGCGUGGCCUUGCCGUGGGGCAGCUGGCCAGCUGACCUGGCUUCCGCCUGGAGGAGGAGGAGGAGGAGGAGGAGGUCUUUCUCCCAGCCCCCUCGGCCUCCCGGCUGGCCCUCGCCAUGGCCCCCUCGCCCCCCGGCCCCACAGCCGCCACCAUCUCUGUCUCGCCGCCCGUGGACUUUGUCUUGGGGGCGGCCGCCUGCUGCAUGGCCUGCGUGUUCACCAACCCUCUGGAGGUGGUGAAGACCCGGCUGCAGCUGCAAGGGGAGCUCCUGGCGCGGGGCACCUAUCCCCGCCACUACCGGGGGGUGCUGCAGGCCCUGGUGGCCGUCAGCCGGGCCGACGGGCUGCGGGGGCUGCAGAAGGGGCUGGCGGCCGGGCUGCUCUACCAGGGGCUGAUGAACGGCGUGCGCUUCUGCGCCUUCUCCCACGCCGAGGACCUCGGCUUGACCCGGCAGCCCGGAGGGACCAUCGUGGCCGGAGCCGUCGCCGGGGCCCUGGGCGCCUUCGUGGGGAGCCCGGCCUACCUGGUCAAGACCCACCUCCAAGCCCAGACGGUGGCCGCCAUUGCCGUGGGGCACCAGCACAACCACCAGAGCGUCUCCGGCGCCUUCGAGAGCAUCUACAAGGCGCAAGGGCUGCUGGGCCUGUGGCGGGGAGUGAACGGCGCCGUGGCCCGCGUCAUGGUGGGCUCGGCCGCGCAGCUGGCCACCUUCGCCUCGGCCAAGGAGUGGGUCCAGAAGCACAAGUGGUUCAAGGAAGGCAGCUGGUUGGUGGCCCUCACCAGCGGGAUGAUCAGCAGCGUGGCCGUGGCCGUGGCCAUGACGCCCUUCGACGUGGUCAGCACCCGGCUCUACAACCAGCCUGUGAAUGAGAUGGGCGCGGGCCAGCACUACCGGGGCUUCCUGGACUGCUUCGUGCAGAUCUCCGGCAGGGAGGGGCCGCUGGCCCUCUACAAGGGGCUGGGCCCGGCCUACCUGCGCUUGGGGCCCCACACCAUCCUCAGCCUCCUCUUCUGGGACGAGCUGCGGAAGCUCACCUGGCAGCUGCAGCAGGGCACCUGAGCCCCCCGUCCCUCGCCCUGCGCCCCCCGCCCCCCUGAUGGGACCAGACAGGCGCCUCCGCUGCUCCUCUGGACUGGGGCCGAGCCCCCGCGGCGGCCUUGGGCCAGGUCUCCGGGGAGGGGGCCGCUGCCUCCUCGCUGGGACCCCACGAGGGCAGAUGGCCGACCCCCAACACCCCCGCCUCGAAAGCCAGGCUGGGGUCCCGUGGAGGCCGCCCCUCCCUGCGGCUUUGCUGGACUUCUUGCAGGCGGGAUGCUGAGCAGGGGAACCAACCGCUGGAUGGUGAAGGGUCGCGGGGGGGGGCUGCCAUGGGGGGGCUCCCCGGCCUCUCGGACUGCUUCCUGGUGGGUCCUGAGCUUUGGGUCCUGAGACAGACCCACACUGGCUCCCGGGCCCCCGAGGCUGGAGGCAGAGCAGCCCAGACCUGCGAGGGGGACCGCUGGGAGCCCCUCUGCUCUGGGGGUGGGUGGGUGGAGCCGUGGGUCAGAGUCCAGAAGGGGGGCCCCACUCCAGGAGUGCCUCAGGCCAGGCUGUCCUUGUGGCCCUUCCAGAGAGCUGGCUCCAGAAGCCGGUUAGUCCGUCCCCGGAAGGAGGGGAGGCCACGGUGGCUGCCCACGGCUCAGAGGCAGGCCACGCUCCAUCCCAGGGGCCGGCUGGCGGGGGGAGCCUCAGACCGCCCUUCCCGGAGGCAUCGGCAUCUCCAACGGGGGGGGGACCCUCACCCUCACCCAGCACCUUUGGUCUGAGGCGGUCCAGUUGCUCUUGGGGGGCUUGGCCGGCCGGGCUGGGCCCCAGUUCAACAGGGGCGGCUUUUUCCGGGCCAGACAGGCCCAAGUCCAUCAGGGCCCCCCCCCCCCGGCCACCCGCCACCGACCCUGCACAGAGAGCCUCCCUCCAGCAGCUGCUGCUGCUGCUGCUGCUGUCACCGGAGCCCGGCCCGGUGCUGCUGCUCCUUGUUGCCAAAUAAAGAUGUUUUCUACA